AUGGCAGACACAGAACAGUCCGAGGCGCCCGUGGAGCUUCAGAGCAGAAAUGUGAUUUACUGCGGAGUGUGUACUCUGCCUCCUGAGUACUGCGAGUAUGGAGGCACCGUCAAGAAGUGCCAAGAAUGGCUAGAGAAGAACCAGCCGGCCAUGUAUGAGAGGAUAUGGUCCCCUGAGGCUUUGGAAGCCGCCGCCUCGUCUCUCUCGAUAGAUGCGCAGAAGAGAGCUGCCAAGGAUGCGCAGAAGAAGGCUGCCAAGGCCGAGGCCGCAGAGCAGAAGCAGGCCACCAAGCUGGCCACGAGUGUCGUCACCAUCAAGCGGAUCGAGAGAAACAAGAAAAAGUUUGUCACGGCGGUCAUUGGUCUGGAGGCGUUCGGUCUGGAUCUGAAAAAGGUUGCCAAGGAUUUCGGAAAGAAGUUUGCAACGGGAUCCUCCGUGACAAAGCUUCCCAGCGGCGGCGAAGAAAUCGUGGUCCAGGGAGAUGUGAGCGACGAGCUGGAAGAAUUCAUUCUGGAAAAGUACAAGGAUGUACCAGAGGACAACAUCGAGUUUGUUGAUGACAAGAAGAAGAAAUGA